UCUCAUUUUACAUUCCAAAAUCAAAGAAAAAAACCAAAUACUUGGUACCUUACGCAUCAAGACUUCAAACAAAUCCGAACGAUUUCAACUAUAUUUCUAUUUUUACAGAAAUUUGAGAUCAUUUUCAAAGCUAAAAACAGACUGGAUUUGUUGAGUUGAGAUAGGAGAGGACAAGAGAAAUCUGAGCAUCAGUUUUAAAAAGCUCGAUUAUGAAGCCUCACGGAUGAGUAUCAGCACAUAAUAAACAUGAUCAUCAUUUGCUCAGAUCUCUAGUUCUCCAUCCAUCAAGCACAAAGCAAAAAGAAAGAAAGAGCAACGGUUGAAGUUGAAGAACAGCAGCGCCAUUAGCACCGUAUAUAUAGUGCACAAUGGGCCUUGGAAACCCUAAUUGCCAUUUGCCACGGAACGAUUGAAGUGACGUCGUUUCAGCUCGGUGACCGUUUCAACAACAUUUAUGUUUUGAAUUUGAAACGCACCGGUUCACCCACCAUCCUGCAGUAUAGCAGUAGUAGACUUGUUUUGUUUUUGAGUGCGAGUGUCAGAUGCACGCAUUUGAUUCAACAACUCUGCUUCUUUUUCCUUGAAAGCUCGUAGGUUGUUAAAUUAUAACAUUACAUUCGUAUAUUUGCUUCUUUCUUCUCGUUUCGCUUUCUUCCUCAUUGCUUUCAGAGCAGUGGCGCUUGCAUGAUCCGAUUGUUAACCACUAGAGCACCGCGGCCGUCUAAUAUUUCUGCUGUGCACCAAAAGAUUAACUCUUUUGUUUGCUCUUCAUUAUGUGGAUUCUCAGCCCAAGCAGCAAACCAGACCCAGCAAAACCCGAGUUCCAUAAACAGACCGUCUUCACAUUUCGAUUCUCACAUGUAUGGUGCCUUGCUUCAACGUUGUCUCCAAAACGAUGACCCCAUUUCAGCUAUGGGUCUUCACUGUAAGAUCCUAAAAAGGGGUAACUGCUUAGACUUAUUUGCUACAAACAUUCUCUUGAAUGUGUACGUAAAAGCUGAAUUAUUGUCCGAGGCUGAAAUUCUGUUCGAUGAAAUGCCCGAGAGAAACACAGUUUCUUUUGUUACUUUAGUCCAAGGAUAUGCGCAGUGUUUGCAGUUUUCUGAAGCCAUGGGGUUGUUUACUAGGCUACAUAGGGAAGGUCAUGAGCUUAACCCUUUUGUUUUUACUUCCAUAUUGAAGGUGCUUGUCAGUAUGGAAUGCGCUGAGUUGGGUUGGAACUUACAUGCUUGCAUUUAUAAGCUUGGCCAUGAGUCUAAUGCCUUCAUUGGAACUGCUUUAAUUGAUGCAUAUUCUGUUUGUGGGUGUGUUGACUUCGCAAGAGAAGUUUUUGACGGUAUUAGAUGCAAGGAUAUGGUUACUUGGACAGGAAUGGUAGCUUGUUAUGCGGAGAACCACUUUUUUCAAGAGGCAUUAGAGGCCUUUUCUCAAAUGAGGUUAGUCGGUUUUAAGCCAAAUAAUUUUACUUUUGCUGGUGUUUUUAAGGCUUGUAUCGGACUUGAAGCUUUAGAUAUAGCAAAAGGUGUUCAUGGCUGUGUUUUAAAAACUCGUUAUGAGUAUGAUCUUUAUGUAGGGGUUGCAUUGCUUGAAUUGUAUACCAAGUGCGGGGACAUUGGCAAUGUUCAACAGAUUUUCGAGGAGAUACCUAAAACAGAUGUUAUUCCAUGGAGUUUCAUGAUUUCACGGUUUGCACAGAGUGACCAGAGUGAAAAGGCUGUUAAUUUGUUUUGUCGUAUGAGGCAAUCUUUUGUGGUCCCUAAUCAAUACACGUUUGCUAGUGCACUUCAAGCUUGUGCAACUUUAGGGGAUCUUGAUUUAGGUAAGCAAAUGCAUAGCCUUGUGCUCAAGGUUCGUCUUGAUGCUGAUGUAUUUGUAUCAAAUGCCCUUAUGGAUGUCUAUGCUAAGUGUGGAAGGAUUGAGGAUUCUUUGGAGCUGUUUGAGAAGUCAUUGAAUAGGAAUGAUGUGUCUUGGAACACCAUGAUUGUUGGCUAUGUUAACUGUGGGGAUGCUGAGAAGGCAUUAAGCUUGUUUUUGGAAAUGCUUGAAAAUCGAGCACAGGCAACUGAAGUAACAUAUUCCGGUGUCCUUUGUGCUUCUGCCGGUUUGACAGCAUUGGAGCUAGGAACUCAAAUUCACUCCUUAACAUUCAAAACAAAUUAUGCUGAAAAUACUGUUGUUCAUAAUGCAUUGAUUGAUAUGUAUUCCAAGUGUGGAAGGAUCAGAGAUGCUCGUCUGGUAUUCGGUAUGAUGAACGAACGAGAUGAAGUUUCGUGGAAUACUAUGAUCUCAGGGUAUUCUAUGCAUGGGCUUGGCAUGGAAGCUUUAAAAAUAUUCCAGAUGAUGCAGGACAGAGGGCAUAAACCAAACACUUUGACUUUUGUCGGUGUGCUAUCAGCCUGUAGCAACUCAGGAUUACUAGACGAGGGGCAAGCUUAUUUUUCAUCUAUGUUACAGGAAUAUGGCAUUAAGCCAUGCAUUGAGCAUUAUUCUUGCAUGGUCCGGCUUUUGGGGAGAUCAGGUCAUCUUCACAAGGCAUUGAAGUUGAUUGAGGAGAUCCCAUUUAAGCCUAGUGUUAUGGUGUGGCGUGCCUUGCUUGGAGCUUGUGUUAUUCAUAAAAAUGUUGAGCUUGGUAGAAUGUCUGCACAGCGCAUUCUUGAGAUGGAACCUGAAGAUGAUGCAACCCAUGUACUAUUGUCGAAUAUGUAUGCUACUGCAAGGAGGUGGGAUAAUGUCACUGCCAUUAGGCAAAGCAUGAAAAAGAAAGGAAUGAAGAAGGAACCAGGUUUGAGUUGGAUUGAGAACCAGGGAAGAGUACAUUAUUUCAGCGCGGGAGACACUUCGCAUCCUGACAUGAAGGUGAUUAAUGGGAUAUUGGAAUGGUUGAAUGUGAGAACCAGGAGAGCAGGCUUUGUUCCUGAUUGUAAUGCUGUUUUGCUUGACGUUGAUACUAAAGAAAAGGAGCGUCUCUUGUGGGUUCACAGUGAAAGGUUAGCUCUUGCUUUUGCACUAUUUAAGACAUCAUCAGGAAGCCAAAUCCGUAUAAUAAAGAACCUCCGAAUCUGUGUGGAUUGCCAUGCUGCAAUGAAAUUAAUAUCAAAGAUUGUGCAGCGAGAUAUUAUUAUCAGAGACAUGAACCGGUUCCAUGACUUCCAUGAUGGAAUUUGUUCUUGUGGUGAUUACUGGUAAUUCAGUUUCAUUGGUCCAAGGAAACGUUUGCAUGUCUCUGUUACCUUGGGAGGCCUACACUUAGUAGAAUCUAUGAACCUGAGACUAUCCAUUGGCUUGUAGGCCUUGAAACAAGGUUUCCAAAGUGGUAUCUCAUGGAUGGAAGUCUUUUGAGGAGGGUUGGAUCAAAAUCAAUACGGAUGGAGAUGUGAAGGUGGGAGAUAAUUGGUGACAGUACAGGUUAGUGAAUUGUGAGUUUUAGCAAAAUGUAGGCAUAUGCAGAGCGAUUUAGGCUGAGCUUUGGGCUGCCUUUGUAUGAUGGCAUUACUUUAGCAUGGGUGCAAGGUAUAAUAAAUCAUUCUUGAAUGUAAUAAUUCAAUAGUGGUUUAGACGCUGUCUGAUUAUAUGGGGUGGGUGAAUUCUAUUGCCCUUGUAAGGAGUAUUAAAGAGCUCUGCGAUCCUCAAUGGCAGAUGCAUACCAUGCACGUGUUUGGCUAGGCAAAUUUGUACCGGACUUAUUGGCAAAACUGUGUUGAAAUGGAUGGCCAUGUUCAUGCAAA